AUGGCGGCGGCGGCGGCGCGGGACGGGGAGGCGAGGCGGGCGCACGCGGCGAUGGUGGGGGCGCAGUUCAUCAACGCGGGGUACCACGUCGUCGCGAAGCAGGCGCUCAACGUCGGCGUCAACCGCGUCGUCUUCUGCGUCUUCCGCGACCUCCUCGCCCUCUCCGUCCUCGUCCCCAUCGCCUUCUUCCGCCACCGCGGCUCGCCCGCCCAGGCGCGGCCGCCGCCGGUCACGCGGCGCCUUCUCCUCUCCUUCUUCCUCCUCGGGCUCACGGGCAUCUUCGGGAACCAGCUGCUCUUCUUGGUCGGCCUCGGCUACACCAAUCCCACCUACGCCGCCGCCAUUCAACCGUCCGUUCCCGUCUUCACCUUCAUCCUGGCCCUCGUCAUGGGCACUGAAACGGCGAGAUUGGGCACACAUGAGGGCCGGGCCAAGGUUGGUGGCACCAUCGUCUGUGUGCUUGGCGCUGUUCUUAUGGUGCUGUACAGAGGAGCAGCUGUGUUUGGUGGCAGCGAGCUCGACCUUGAUGUUAAUCGAGUCAUCACCGAAAUGCUGCAGCCAGAGCCAGUGUCUUCUUGGUUCGUUGCGUUUGGGUUGGAAAAGUGGCACAUUGGAGUUCUGUGCUUGAUUGGGAACUGCCUCUGCAUGGCAACUUAUCUUGCUUUGCAGGCUCCGAUUUUGGUGAAGUACCCCUGUAGUUUGUCAUUGACAGCAUACUCAUACUUUUUUGGAGCUCUUUUAAUGGUCAUCUCAGGAGUGUUUUCAACAACUAAUAAAGAAGAUUGGACUUUGACUCAGUCUGAGUUUGCUGCUGCUGUAUAUGCUGGAGUUGUUGCAUCUGCUCUUAAUUAUGGUAUAUUGACAUGGUCCAACAAAAUUCUGGGUCCUGCUAUGGUGGCACUAUAUAAUCCCCUCCAGCCAGUGCUCUCUGCUCUCUUGUCGGUGCUUUUUCUUGGAAGUCCAGUUUACUUCGGAAGUAUUAUUGGAGGGCUUCUAAUCGUCUCUGGUUUAUACCUUGUCACCUGGGCCAGACGUACAGAGAAGCUGAAUGGCACUGGAAUAUCUUAUGUAAAAGUCGCAGCGGAACCACAUGAAGAUGCUUCGCAAGUUGUAAAAGGCAGAAACUUGAGCCCCAGAUCCUCUAUAUCCCUUUCUAGAGUGUGGAAUGUGCCACAUGAAUCUUGAGACGUUGGCGGACGGAGAUAUCCAACUUAUUUUGGCAUCUCCUUGUUGAGAAUAUAUAUACAAAAUGCAUUAGAAUUUAGAAAGAGAAUUGCUGAAGAGAAGAUUUUAGUGAAGAUUGGUGGUAGUCAUAUAUAUCUGCUUAUAAAUCAUACUUAUAACUUUCCCAGUAAGACUUUAGGUAAUUUAGGCACAAGAGACGCCAUGUUCAUUCAGGUUUGUGAGAAUAUGAUAGCACUGAGGAUAUUGAACUGAUGAUCCUUGUACCAAAUGCAUAGCCAGCUCCACCGGCUUACUGUA